AUGUCCCACAAGGGUAAUAUUUUUCUUGCAGAAACUUUGGAUGUUGUUCAAGACAUUGAUUGGGUGAUUUCUAUUGGAAAUGCUUUUGCAAAGCAGUAUGAGCUUUAUACAUAUGAUGAUGAGCAUUCUGCACUACUUCACAGCUUUCUGAAUGCAGGCUUAUUUUGGUGCUGGAUUAAGUGGAGUUCUGGCUUGGUGUGUGCAAGUGGGAAGGAACCAACCCAAUGCCCCCGAAGUUCUGGCACCUUCCAUCUUUACUUCCUAUGUAUCCAGGGUCUUGUUCAAUGCUUUAGCUGUGUUUGCUCUAAGGGAGAUCAACUUAUCAAAAGUAACCUUCUCAACAACAACAUUCUACUUAAGAAGGUGAGUAAUCAAGAUUAAGGGAGACUUGUAAUCAUGUUUGGCAUUCCUUUCCAGUAAGAAACAAAGUUGUAUGAUUAUUUUUUAGUUUUAUAGGAAUGUAUAACCCAUGUUAGCAAUGUAUUAUUUUUGUUUA